CUGCAUCUCUGCUUACCUACUUACUGUAAGGAUGGAUAAUUUACACCAUUGAACUUUUAAAUUUAAGGUUUUACUCAUUUCAUAUAUACAUACACACACAUAUAUAUACACACACUAAUCACUAUAUUGUGAAUUAAUAAAUAACUACACUGUGAUAGUAGUUCGGAUUAUUGUUAUUAUUAUUAAUAUUAUAACUAGUAAAGAAAAAGCAUACAACAACGGCGUAUAUACAUCUAUUGGUGACAUACACACAUAUUGAUGAAAAAGUAUUCUUCACAAAGGUACAAUAUCAUCGAAGAUUUCUGUAGUAUUAUUCAAUUCCGGUAUCUGGUGUAAUACAUACGUCACUGAUUUCAUUCCUUAUAUAAAUAGAAAAAUACAAUACAGGCAUCGUAUUAUAAAAACAACACCAACAACAACUACUACAAUAUUAAUAACAACAAUAAUAAUAAUCAUAAUACAAUAACAAUUAUUAUUCAAUCAGAUUAACUAACUGGCUAACUAACUAACUAAUUGACUAUCUAAUCAAUGGAAAUCGGUCCAAAUUUAUGUAUAUGGCCAGUUCAAUCCGGUAUAAAUAAUCAUGAAAAUGAACAUGGAUAUGAAUUAAAAUCUAUUACAAAAAAUAUUUCACCUAUUAUACAACAAAAUAAUUCAUCAUUUAUAUAUAAUCAUAAAAAUGAUAUAUUAGAAUUAGAAAGUGAUAGUGAUAUUGAUAAUGAAAUUGAAUCAACCAAUCAUAUUCAUCCUCCUCCUGCCCAUCCUCCCCAUCCUCCUCAUUCUCAUAAUGAUCGAGAUCAGCAUAAGCAGCAUCAACAGUAUUCUCAUCCUAGUUAUCAAAAUCAUCACCAAGAGCAAGAACAACACCACGAACAACACCAUCAGCAACAGACGACCUAUGAUCACCUACAUGGAGUUCAUCAGUGUCAAUCAUCUCAUUGGGAUACUACCAAGUUAAUCAAUUUAUCUAUAGAUGAAAAUGAUACUGAUGAGAUUAACAGUGUAAUCAUUGAAGAUAUCGAUUCAAAUGAAAAUAAUCAUAAUAGUAAUAAUCUGCAUAAUGAUGAUUCAUUGUAUGAUGAACAAUCCCUGUCUAUCAAUGAAAAACAUUAUCAUCAUCAUCAUCAGAAUAAUACUCCAUAUGAUUUACAUCAGAAAAAUAUUCAGAAUAAAGAUUAUACCUGUGGAUUUUGUGGACAUGAUUUUGAUACACCUGAACAAGUUGAAAAACAUGUUUUAAUUAAACAUUCAGAUCAUUUAAUUCAUUUUAAUGAAAAUAAAACAAUCAAUUCAACGAAUACUACUACUACUACUACUGCUACUAAUACUAAUACUACUGAUAUUCUCGAUAAAUCAGUAGUAUUAAUAGAUGAGCAAAAGAAAAUUAAUAUUAAUAAUAAUACUGGAUUAUUACAAAAAGAUGCAAAAAAAUUAUCUGAAAAAGAUAAAUUAUUAACAACUAUAUUGAACAGUUCUAUUUCAGAUACACAAACAGAUGAUCUAGUAUCCAUGAGGAAUAAUAAUAAUAAUAAGGACGUUUCAACACCGAUAAUGAAUCCAAUGAUUACAGAUUGUCCAUUAUGUGAUCGAACAUUUGUUGGACGUAGAUCAUUAAAUAUACAUUUGAAUAAAACACAUUCUAUUCGAGAAAAUAAUAACAGUAAUUGUAAUAAUAAUAACAGCAUGGAUACUACGAAUACAACAGUUAGUGUUAGUAAUGCUACAAAAAUGAUGAAUAAUACCAAUAGUAUAGACAUUGAACAAUCAAAGUGCAAUUCACAAAUGAAAUUAACACGUCUAUCUCAUUCAUAUUCUUUGAAAGGUAACAAUAGAAGCCUCAAUAGUAAUAAGGUUUUUACUGAAUCAUUAAAAUCUUCAUCAAAUGAAAAAUCAUCAUGUAAAAUUGCUGUUCGACCACCGCUUCUACCAAGGCCAUCACGUAUUGAAAAUUCAGCAAUACAUACGUCAGUUUCAUCUUCACAAUCAUCAAAUAUGGACUAUAUAAGUGCAAAUAACCUGUUAUCAACUUCAUCGGAUAUUUCUAUAUCUAAAAGUAGUGAUAGUGAAGAAUCAAGUCUUCAGAAGUCUCGACGUACUGUCUAUGCAGUGUCACCUCCUUUAGCAAAAGAGCACAGUGGUCUCAAACUUCGUCUUAUCUCAUUAGAUGCAGUAAAGAAGUCAACUAAUACAAAUACAAAAUUACAAAAUUCUAAGAAUAACUAUAUUGAUAAAACACAAUUAAUAGAUGAUUUGAAGUCAAUAUCACCAGUAUACUCUUCUCCGUCAUCAUCUUCAAUAACAUCAAUACCGGCAACAAUGAGUACACAUAUACCCUUUAAAAAAUCUGAUACAGUAACAGAAGAAGAUGAACAAGACUUUUCCUCUUCAAAUACACCAUCUCUGAGGCGAACAGUUUCUGUGCAUACAACUACAAACGAUGAACACUGUAAUGCGUCUCAAUCAAAUACAUUUUCAUUUCAUAGAAGUCAGUCUUGUUCACUGGAUAUGAAAGAAGCUUAUAAAUUUGCUGAGGAUGAAAAUGCUAACAUGAAAUAUGAUUUUUCAAAUGAUAAAAGAUCUUCACUACAGUUAAAUUUUGAACAAAAAAAUGGUAUACCCUGUGAAUUCUCUUUUCCCUUAUCAAAUGAUGAUGAUAAUGAUAAUAAUAAUAAUGAUAAAACGCAAAAGAAAUCAGAAACAAUGGAUACAAGUCUUCGAACAAGUGAUGGUUUAUAUAAAUGUCGUAUUUGUAAACGAUUAUUUGCUAAUCGUUAUUCCUUAACAGGACAUUAUAAAUCACAUUAUGAACCAAGUCAAAAACCCUAUUGUUGUGAUGAUUGUGGACAACGUUACACCUCACCCAGCAAUCUUCACUAUCAUCGUGGUCGUAAUUGUCCAGUACUAAAACUGAAAGCUAUUCGUGAAGGGAAACUAAUUCCCACUAGUAUACAUAAUACUAAAUUACUCGAAUUGAAAGCAUUAAGAGCUGUUGAAAGAAAAGCUCUAAUGAAUAAGUUGAAAGAUCAGAAUGACUCGAACAACAAUAACAACAGUAAUAAUAAUAAUAGUAAUAAUGAAAUUAAAGAUACUACGUGUGAUUCUAAUCGUCAUCAUCCACCAGCACAAAAAAAAUCACGUUUCAACGAUACCAAGGCUAAAAAUCAUUUAACUACUUUAAAAACUGACAGUAGUAUAGAAUGUUUAGAUGGAAAUUUUAUGUUACAAAAUCGCCAAAAGUCAAAAUCCUGUGAUACAUCUCAAUCAUUCAAUACUAGUACUAUCAUUACUACUAGUAGUAGCAAUAGUAGUUCUACAAAUACUGUUGUCAAUACUACUGUUGAUAGUAAUAUUAAUAAUAAUAAUGAGAACAGUACUAUACAAAACAAUGAAGAUGGUUUACAAAUGCAAGAGAUAUUACGAUUAUUUCUUAUGCAUGCAUAUCAGUCGGAUGAAUUACGACAACAGUUAGUAUCACUGACAUCAUCUGCAUUACUAAAUGCUUUAGUACCAACGAAUGGAUUUCAUCAUUCAAGUAUGCUGGCUAACCAAACCUCUACAUCAAAUCAACAAUUGUUCAACCUUUUGUCCAGUGUUAUCAAUUCUAGUAAUUCUAUAGAAAGAAAUUCUAUAAAUAGUGUGAAUAACAAUAGUAAUCAUACUCAGAACGAUGCUACUGAUGGUGAUAUGUAUAUGCAUAAUAAGUCAACAGUUGGAAGAGUUUUAAGUCAACCGGCUAAUUCCUCACCACUGAUAGAAGAACCAACAGAUCUUACAAGUAGAUCAAGUAGAUUUGUUCAACAUAAGGAUCAAGGCAUAAACAAUGCAUGUGGUAUACAUUGUUCCAUGUGUUGUCAUGAUUCAAUUAUCUUUCCAGAUUAUCAAGCAUUAAAUAAACAUAUGUUUUUAGUACAUGGUAAAUAUCCAAGAUCUUCAACAGGGACAACAGGGACACCGCCGCCACCUUCAUCAGUAAGUACACCUACUUCAACGACAUCAUUUCUUCGGUGUCAUUCAAUGACUGAAUCCUUACCAUCAAAUACUGAUUGGAAUAUGAGAAUUAAUAAUUCUUCGUCUACUAGUAAUUCAGAUAUAUUAAUCCAACAAUUACAUCGAUAUCAACAAGAUAAUAAUUAUAGUACUUCUGAUAAUAAUAGUAAUAACACUGACCAAUCAUCAUCUUCACCAUCAAUAAUAUCACAGUGGAAUAGUAAACCUUCUAGUUUAGUCUCUUGUACAGAUUGUGAUCGUGAAUUUUCAACAUAUACUGCUUUUCGUGUACAUCAUACAAAAUCACAUCAACAGUCUUCUAGUAGACACCAACACCAACACCACCAGCAACAACAACAACAGGCUCAUCAUCAUCAAUCACAAUAUACUAAAUCACGAUUACGAUUAACUGAUCAAGGUGUACCAACAUCCCUGUCGAAUCAAUGCGAUGUAACAUAUGUGAGUGAUGAUAAUGAUAGUGAGUAAUACCCUAUCAUCAAUGACUAGUAUUCAAGUGGAUAACUAACUAUACACACAUAUAAAUUGACACGUCUUUACAAGGUGAUUGAUUAUCUAACAAAAAAUAAUGAGUAAAUCAAUUUUGUAUUUAAAUAAAUUAUGAACUUUGAUACACAUUAAUACAUACGUACGUACAUCUAAUGGUGUAUAUUUUUUGCAUUGAAUUAAGUUUUAAAUUUUACACUCAAAGAGAAAAAAACAAACAGAAAAAACUAAAGUUUUCUAAGUUAACUGUUGAUAUUUCAAGUGUUCUUUUGAAAAAAUGAAAAAGAAAAAAAGACACUGUGUUAUGUAUGUGCGCGUUAACUAGUUAGUGUGUUGAUCAUCAUUGUACAAUGAAUGAAAAUAUUGAACACAUUUAAUGGAAUUCAAUGUAUAGGAUAUUUUUAAAACAAAAAAAUUCAAUUAAUUAAUUCAUUAAUUAGUCUUUGUUGCCAAAAUCUUUAUUUACAGUGUUAGUUGUUUGUUUGUUCUUUUUUCUUUUUUUUUGGUUUUAUCGACUUGUUAUCUUGCUUACAGAAUGUGAUUCACACCUUUCGGUUGGCCUUUAAAUAAAACUCCUUUUCAACAAUUCACUGUUAUCAUCACGGGUGUUAUCCCAGUGUGUUAUCUGUUAGAAUAGUUGUUUAGAACACUCUAAUUUCUUAAAAGAGUGUCUCUAGUCUGAUUUGGAUACAUGCCCUGCUACUUAUACAUAUAUGUAUCGGUGUUAGAGACUAGUGGAAUAUAUAUAUGAUGAAUGAAGACUGACUGGAUUUUUGCAUACACUUAUCCCUCUUCUUCCUGUUCUCCUACUUCUUCUUUUUCCCGUUUUAUCCUAUUUAUUAUUCAAUAUUACUACUUUUAAAAAUUUAUUAUUUUUAGUUAAGGUUAUUUAUUAUGCAUAUAUAUAUAUUCCUUUUUUCUACUCGGUUAUUUUUCACAAUCAUUUGUUAAUAAUAACAAGUGAAUAAAUAAAUUGUUCUCUAUUUUCUUGAAUAAUUGACUAAUUCAAUCAGUAUUGUUGAAUAUGAUAGUGUCAUUAGAUU